UGAAGAUGGACUCGCUGCUGGCUCUGGUGGACGGCGACUUCCGCGUGCUGCUGGGUGUGGCGCUGGUGGCGGGCACGACCAUCUUCCUGCUGCUGUCGAGCCUCAAGCCGCGCGACGCGACGCCCGUGACGCUGCAGGCGCCCGCCAGCCCGGGCGACGCGCCGCCCACCGUGCACCUGCCGCUGGUGGAGAAGGAGACACUGUCGCACGACACGCGGCGCUUCCGCUUCGCGCUGCCGUCCCCGCAGCACGUGCUGGGCCUCCCCGUGGGGCAGCACAUCUCGCUGCGCUACACGGACGAGAACGACAAGCUGGUCAUGCGCUCGUACACGCCCGUGAGCUCGGACGACACCAAGGGCUACGUGGACCUCGUGGUCAAGGUCUACUUCAAGAACGUGCACCCCAAGUUCCCGGACGGCGGCAAGAUGAGUCAGUACCUGGAGAGUCUGGCCAUCGGAGACACCAUCGAGGUCUCGGGCCCCAAGGGCAAGCUCUCGUACAUGGGCAAGGGCGAGAUCCACAUCAAGCACCGCGUGCGCGACGUGGUGCCCGAGGUCCGCAAGGCCACGAAGAUCGGCAUGAUCGCCGGCGGCACGGGCAUCACCCCCAUGCUGCAGGUGGUGCGGCGCGCGCUGCAGGACCCCGAGGACAAGACGGAGUUCUACCUGCUCUUCGCCAACCAGACGGAGGCCGACAUCCUGUGCCGCGACGAGAUCGAAGCCAUGGCCGCCAACCACCCCAACGUCAAGUUUUGGUACACGGUGGACCGCGCCGAGGACGGCUGGAAGUACUCGACGGGCUUCGUGUCCGCCGAGAUGAUCAAGAAGCACCUGCCGGCGGCUGCUCCGGACGUGCAGAUCUUCAUGUGCGGCCCCCCGCCCAUGCUCAAGUUUGCCGUGCUGCCGGCGCUCGAGGAGCUGGGCUUCACCCCCGACCAGCACUUCAGCUUCUAAGCUUUGGAGAGUUUUGUGUGU